AUGGUCAAUAGUAGUUGUAGUAAAAAUACUCUCACUACAUCCAUAGUAUAUAACCAUUUUUGCUCAGGUGUGAAAACAGAUUUAAGGAAGUUGUUUGGAUACCAUGCACUGAGAAAUUUGUGGGGAGAUAAGGAUGGACAGAAGAGAAGAUACAUGAAGUGUUCAAAUGCUGAUUGUAAUGCCAUUCUUAAAGCUCUACAGCCCAUUUUUCAGGAGCAGGGAAUGACAGAAACAGUUCAUAACUGGGAAGACCAUGGUUAUUUAGUAACCUAUAUUAAAAAAAAUGGCAGUUUUGCCAAUUUGAGAAUUCACCCACAUGGGCUGGUGUUGGUGGAUCUGCAGAGCUACAGUGAUCACAUGAAAGGAAGAGAAGAAGUUGAUCAGCUUCUAAACAAAGUGGAAGAAAGAAUGAAAGAAUUGUUUCAUGGUAACAUAAAAAGGGUGAAACGGUUGCCAGCCAUUUUGAGAGGCGGUGUCAUUGAUAGAUACUGGCCCACAGCUGAUGGGCGCCUGGUGGAGUAUGACAUAGAUGAAGUUGUUUAUGAUGAAGAUUCACCUUUUCAAAAUAUUAAAAUUCUGCAUUCCAAACAAUUUGGGAAUAUUCUUAUUCUCAGUGGGGAUGUUAAUCUGGCAGAAAGUGACCUGGCAUAUACUCAAGCCAUAAUGGGCAGUGGAAAGGAAGAUUACACUGGGAAAGAAGUGCUAAUCCUAGGAGGUGGUGAUGGAGGUAUACUGUAUGAAAUAGUCAAACUGAAGCCAAAGAUGGUUACUAUGGUAGAGAUUGACCAAAUGGUGAUUGACGGGUGUAAAAAACACAUGCGUAAAACGUGCGGAGAUGUCCUAGACAAUCUGAAAGGAGAGUGCUACCAGGUUCUGAUUGAAGACUGUAUUCCUGUACUGAAGAGGUAUGCCAAAGAAGGGAGAAUGUUUGAUUAUGUAAUUAAUGAUCUGACAGCUGUUCCAAUUUCCACAUCUCCAGAAGAAGAUUCCACAUGGGAAUUUCUACGGUUGAUUCUUGACCUCUCAAUGAAAGUCCUGAAACAAGAUGGAAAAUACUUUACACAGGGAAACUGUAUCAAUCUGACCGAUGCCUUGACUCUGUAUGAAGAACAGCUUAGCAGGCUUUAUUGUCCUGUGGAGUUUUCAAAAGAAACUGUGUGUGUUCCUUCCUACAUGGAAUUAUGGGUAUUCUACACAAUUUGGAAGAAACAGACCGACAUCUGAACAUCAAGAUUAUUUGAGAUUAUCAUAAAUGUACAUGCUGCAUGGAGUGUAUAGGUCUGCCACAUGCUGCAUAUUGGCAUCUUGAACCUUUAAAUUAUAUGCUGUAGAUGAUCCUGAAACUUAGUCAUGCUAUUGAUUGUGAAUUCUUUAAAUGUUUUUUUAUUAUUAUUUUAAUUUAAAAGCAAAUGGAAAAUGUAUAUUUUGAUGAGCUAGGGUGUUAUUUUUGAAGGUCAACUUAAAGAUGAAUAAGCAGCGAAACUAUUUAGCUGCUGACUGCACUGAACCUUUAGAAUGUGAUCCUUUUUAUUUUUUUGUAGAUCUCCACAAACUGGUUGAUUAAAGAAGACAUCUUUAGCAUUUCAUCCCUGAAGGGUGGUCCAUGGAGUUUUAGUUGUUUUUGUUUUUCCAACAGAUUGUUCAUUUAUGGUGCUUUUUACAAAGGGGAAGAGGGUUUUUUUGUAGUUUCGGGGGUUUUUUUAAUGAACACUGCAGUGCUUCCCUAUAGAGAAGGGCACAGCUAAAAAGAAAAAAUCCUGUGAGAUAUUACCCCAAGUCCUUUGUUGCAAAGGGAAGAAAGCCAGUCUUAAAUUUUUAUUUAACCUAGUUUCAUUCAUCAUUGCUGUAAUGUCUGCUGCAGAAGAAUCUUUGGUCUUUUACCUCCUGGAUUUUUUCAGUUGCUGGCAUAUUGAUUAUUUGGAUUCUGAUAGGAAUUUGGCAAUAGCUUUGUACUGAAGCACGAAGAUCAAGGCUGGGUUUUCAUUCCACCACACUGCAAGAAAUAGAGUGUAAUGAGGUUCACGUGGGCGUAUCUUCUCCCCAACCUUAUGGGAAGCACUAGAUUUUUGAAGUAAAGGUUGUCUUUGAGGAUGAAGUAAUGUGGGUGUGAUGUUAUCUAUCUUUGUGCACCUGUACUGAAUGUUUUGAAGCAAGUGUAUGUGUGCUUCAGUAGGGUUAGUCAUGGUUGUAUUGCCACAGAUGGCCCAUAUUGUGUGAAGCUCCUGCUCAGUUAAAUUCACUUGCAGUGUAAAAAUCAGUAGAAGCUGGGGUGCGUUGUAGUUCUGUUCUGAAAGAUGCAUUUUUCUUUAGCAGUUCCUCGUGCUUUCAAAAAUUAUGUUUGUCAGAGUUUAUGUAUCAACUAAAAUAUUUGUUUAAAAAUGCCACUUGGAAGGAGGUAGCAAGGAUAUGACCAGUAUAUGCAUCUUUUACUGUUCCAGGGUAGAAUACCAAGUGUACUAUUUCCCUAAACACUCUGAUCCUGAACAAUGAUGUUUCAUUCAACAUCCUUAUCGACAUUUUUUUUUGUUUUAUUGGAGAGAGUUGU